AUGACCAGUGAGUUAAAUAGAUGGGGAAUAUUAAAUAAAGUAAUGGCCAUUGUUUCUGAUAGUGGGGCUAAUAUCAAGUCGGCUAUAAGAUUAAUGAACAUACAACAUAUUCCUUGUACUGCUCAAAAACUUAAUCUUGUAGUCCAAAAAGCCAUAUACCUCAACGAAGACGAUUCAGUUGGAGAUGAAUCAAAUGAACUCGAUUCGGUGAAAAUUAAAUUAAUUUUAAAGAAAUGUCGUGUUAUUGUGGGUUUUUUUAAACGAAGUGAAGUGGGGAAUAGGAUUUUGGCGGAAAAACAAAGGCAACUAGGAUUCACUCAGCUCUUGAAACUCAAACAAGAUGUUCGUACACGAUGGAACAGCACACUAAUAAUGGCUCCUUCAAACCUUACACCUGAAGAAUGGGUCAUUAUUGAAGAUAUAGUACCCCUAUUGCGACCAUUUAACAGCUUAACAAUAGAGUUGUCUGCUGAACAGUAUCCUACAAUAUCAAAAGUUGUACCAUUAUUACGAGGAUUGCAAACUUCAUUAAAUUCUAAAAUUCCAAAAACAUAUCUUGGAAGAUUUAUAAAAUCAAAUUUAACAUUACAAAUAAAUAGGCGUUUUGAAGGGAUUGAAAAACAAUCCCUAACUCCAUAUUUUUCUCGUGCCACUCUCUUAGACCCAAGAUGCAAAAAAGCUGCUUUUGCAGUUGAGGAAAAUGCUUCUGAUGUCGAGAAAAGUAUUGUUUCGGAAGUAGCAAGUAUGACAAAUAAUACAUUAGAAGAUACUGAACGUGAAGUUUCUACAGACCAAAUUGAGGAAGACUCUGAAAAUCUUUGGAACUUUUUACAGAGUAGAGUUAAUAACGUGCAGGGUCAAACAACAUCAACUAGCAGUGCUAUGAGUUUGAUGAGACAAUAUUUAAACAUGCCUUAUCAAAAUUUAAAUUGUAAUGUGGCCGAAUGGUGGCUUAACCAUAAAUCUGUAUUGCAUCCUCUGAGCGAAAUUGCAUUAAAGUAUACCAUGAUUCCAGCGACAUCUGUUCCUUCCGAAAGAAUCUUCUCCAAAACAGGACAAAUAAUGAGUGCUAGAAGAAAUAGACUAUUGCCAGAUAAUCUAGACACUCUAAUUUUUUUACAUAAAAAUAUGUAGUUUUUAAUUUUUCUUUAAACUUUUAAAAAUAUAACUAUCCAUAAAAUUAUUAAAAUAAAAGUUAUAAUUUAAUAAAAUAUUUUAAAUUGAUAUAUUUUUUGUAUUAUUAUUUUCAGAUUUCCAACUGGUUUGGAGACAUAUCAACCAACUUAUCCAACUGGUUUGGAGUUUAGAGAAAUGUCAACCACCUUAUCCAAGUAUCCAACUGGUUUGGAGACACAUUAACUGAAUGUACUCUGGAGAUAUGCGUUAUACAAUUCAAUUCAAAGAAACUUCAUAUCUUAUUAAAUCAAGGCUGGGCAAGUUAAAUUAAGUUAAAAGUUACCUCUAUUUUUUUUAACUUACGAAAGUUACAAGUUAAUUAGAAAAUAAAAGUAACUUAACUUUAACUUAUUAACUCGUUAAUGCCCAGCCUUGUAUUAAAUAACAAAAUAGUUUAUGAAAUCAUACUUUGUUUGAUUAUUAAUCUGUUGUUUUUCAGGAAAUUUAACAAAACAAGAUAAUAAAAUAACAAGAUAUUAACAGUAUACAAAACAAAAUUACUAUAUUACAUUAUAAGUUAUAACACAAUUUCUUAAAUAGAACAAAAUAAUAAAUUAAUAGUAAAUAAACAAAAUUAUUAUAGUAUAGAAAUGUUUUUGGUUUUUUAAUUACCCUACCCCUUUUUGUUUUAGUCUCAGUAUUAUUGCUCACCAUCCUCAUUAAUUGACUUAGGCCAACCACAUUUAGAAUAUUCUAGGACUUUUCCUAGCACCUCAUAAUUUUGCAUUUUUAGUAUAAUAUGCGAAAAGCGAAAUAGCAAAAUGUCGGACUCGGAGGUACGAACUACAAUGGUCUACACUCGACGAGAACGAAAACAGAAGAAUGAAGAGCCAGAUGAACUUAC